AUGAUAACAUCAUUAAAAAUUUGUGAUUCAAUAACCUUUCUAAUAAUUCCCCAUUUUUUCCUUUUUUCUGUCCAUCCAGCUAAUUUGCCAGCCAACAAUCUAAAUGGUUCUUCGACCGCCGGUCACACUUCAGCGAAUGCCACUAAUCAUCACCAUCACAAUAAUCACCAUCACUACAAUGCCAAACAACAUGGCAACAGUUCUGGUUGUGUAAGUGCUACUAACAAUACCUCAACAAAUACAAAUCCUGUUUUCUAUUUAAUGGCCAGCAAUGGUAACACUGGUGCUGUAGGCGGCGGCUGUAGUGCCAAUGCCAUAAGUUCAUCGAACGUCACCAGCAGCAGUAAACACACGGGACCCUUUAUGGGACCACACUCAGCCGCUGCUGUCCAUCAUCCACACUCUCAGCGAGGACUGCAUCAUUUGGCCGAGGGUCGUAAGGCAAAAUUGCGUAGAUUUAAUUCACACGAUACCAGUUCGAAUAUGUUUUCGGUGGCGGAUUUUGAAAAUGCCCGCUUAGCGAGACGUAAUGAAAUCGAAUUGAAACAGAGACUGCAACGACGUAUGCGUCAUGGUUAUAGUGGUGGAACAGGUAGUGGUGGUCUUUUAACAGGAGGACCUUGUGGUCAGGGUUUACUGACAGGCGGUAUGGGUGAUUAUUCAACGGGUGAUAGUAAAACUUCGAAAAAUAGUAAUGAGUCACAAAAUGAACCUUUGCAAGUGGAAGAGUUUUUAGAACGUUAUUCCCUUCCACGUGUGGUGCGCAUUUCCUAUAAGACACUUUUCUCCAAUGAAACCCUACAAUCUUCUUCAUCUAAUAAUUCAUCUACCGCCACCUCAAACUCUUCAACGAGUGCUAAAAAUACGGUUCCAGCUACCUCCACCUCUCCCAACGAUGCAAAUAUGUUGAGUUCUAAUUCGAAUAGCAAUACGGGAACCUCUUCCUCAAGUACCUCUUCGGGUUUGGGUGUUGGAGGAGUUAAUGCUAAUCCUUUAUCCCAAACUUUGGGUAGCAAUAGUAGUAAUAAUAGUGGUGGUAAAACUUUGCCCAUUGAGGGUAAUCAGGCAAAUGAUAAUGCUAAUCAUAAUGUACAACAUGAAGAGGAACAGGGUGAACUAUUUCUUCUGUAUCGAUUGGUGCGUCAACGUCAUAUUUAUCAUGGUCAUAAUAGUAAGACAACAGUGGCUAAUCGUAAAAAGGGCGUUAUGAUACCACAGGAAUUUCCAGGCUAUUUCUCUUUACUCAACGAUAAAGGUCUGCCAACAGCUACCCUAUACACAUCGCUGGUGCAAUUGGUGCGAGAGCGUGUUUGCAAAUUUAUUUCAGUAGAAAAUAUGCCAGCUUUUAUGGAAUCUCAAGCGAAUGGCAGCAAUGCCAAUUCUCCCACAGAAGGAUGUCUAAAUAUAUAUUCAUCCAAUUCGAAUAAUUCCAAUAAUCGACCUCAAUAUGUAAAGACUACAGCCCGGGGAGGGCAAGUCUUUAAAUUGUUGGCGGUUUAUGAAGAUGGUAAGCAGGAACAUACCGCUAUAGGCUCUACCAUAUCAUGUGGUGGACUGGGUAAUUCAAAACCCAAUUCCAGUCAUGGUCGAGAAAAGGAGAGAAGUCGUUAUGCUCAACUAUUAAAUGAACAAAGACAAACGCUCUAUGUUUCACUGGCUACCAAAGGUAAAUUCUAUGAAAUUGAACCGGGCAUACCACAAAUACUGCAAAAACGUUUGGAUAUGUCCAACGAGGCGGGUCAGAAGAAAAUCAAUCCCGAUUGUGUGCAUAGAAUAACGGCUUUGAUAACCCCACAUAAAGAAUUACCCAUGACCCUUAAGUAUAUAUCGGGUCCGACAGGCUGUGCCAAUGCAAUACCCGAAAAUAUUUGCAUCAAUAGAAUUACCACGGAAAAUGUGAUUAUAGCCUGUCCCAUAGAAGAUGUCGAUAUGCAAAGUCCUUUGCACUUGCGUAAAUUACAUUUAACCAAAGAAAUGCAAUUGGUCAAAAAUACUUUAGGCUUUGAGAAUGAACAGCGCAUGUUAGCCAAUACGAAUGUACAGAACAUUUUGAAAUUUUGUCAAUUUAACUGUGAUCAGUUUUUAAAAAUGGUAGAAGUAGAAAUUUUACAAAGAUCUGAAAGAUCCAUAUCCAAAUCAAGAGUAGAGGGUUUGAAAAUACUCAAGCCCUUGCAUCUGCCCAAAUUGCUGAGAAGAGAAAAGACAACGAUAUCAGCUCAUGAAAAAGAGGAUUCUAUAAUAUUCUUGAGUAAAACGGACUUACAAAAUCUCGAAAAUAAAGAACAGGCCUUUGAUCAGCAAGCCAAUAGAAUAUCGGAAAAAAUGAAAGUGUUUCAAUCGACCAAAAAGAAGUGGUUUAAGAAACAGGAUAAAAACUCGGUAAAAUCUUUGACUUCUUUGGAUUUGGACGUACAGGCCAAGAAAAUGAGCAUGGAACGUUACUCCGAUAUGUCUAAAUUACUACAGGAAAGAUUUGGUGAUAAAACCCAUACACAGCACGAACACUCAGAAUGUGCUUCGGAACUAAGUGGUGGCAAUUCGGAUAUAGGUUGCUCUGACACCGAGACCACUACCUUGGCUACCAUUAAUGAAAAAUUUAACAAGUUUGCCUCGAAUAAAAUCAUGGCCACCGAACCUAAUAUUUUGCAAAAAUCCAUGUCUUUGCAAGAUAUCGAUGUUAUAGGCCGACAGUUGCGUAAACCCGAUUUAUUGGCUUCACAUCACACUACAGACACAAUUUCAGAGGCUGGCACCGAUAUCGAAGACAUGGAGAAUCGUGAACCUUUACAAACCUCGUUUAUAACCGAAAAACUUUACAAUGAGUUUCAUGUGAAGACCAAGCAAUACAGUAAAUCCUCUUCGAGUUUACAUCAACUGCUCAACUUUUCUUUGCCGCAGAAAAUGCAAAUCGGAGAAAACAAGAGAUCUCUAGCCCAACUGAAAAAUCAAACAAAUCAAAAUCACAGCAAUAGCAACAAUAGAUCUUUUGACAAAAGAUUAGAAUUCAAUAUAGGCGAACCGGUAACUGGUCGUAGAGCUGCUGGUGGCCUCUCCCUCUUGGGCCAUCACUCACAAUCACAAAAUACUUCUUUAAUGUCACCUCUAACACCCACAAGUUUUAUAGAAGAUGAUUUACCAUAUUCCAGUGUACGAGACUCUUUAAUAUUAUCCAGUGAUGAGGGUAGUCCCCCCGAUGUACCAGCUGGUACAAUACGACAAGCUUUACAUUUAUUAGACUAUACCAAGGAGAAUAUUUAUGCGGAAAUAUGCCAUGAAGCUAGUGCCAUGGGUGGUAUACCUUCUUCUCAUACACGUGAUACAUUUUCGGCAGCUACACAUUCCACACAGAUCUCAGAUGAUUAUGGGGACUAUGCCUCACUCACCUAUACACCCCAGCAAGCAGCAACAGCAGCGGCAACCUCAGCGUCAGCCCACAAUCUUGGCAGUGCUAUAAGUCGUGUACAAAUCAACUGCUCGGCCAGUCCAGUGUCCUAUCACACUGUAUAUCUGGGCGAUGAACCUUUAGGAGAAAAUUAUGCUGCCAAUAAGGUCAACAGCAAGCCAAUAACAACCAACAACAACCACAGCAAUAAAACCCAUAAAGCGCGUAAUAAUGCGCGAUCCCAUAUAACUACCGUCGAUGUGGGUACAAAUGGCACAAUAGGUGCUAGGGCCUUAAGCGGCAGCCAGUCUGAUUCAGGUGGUCUUGACAAUAUUUAUAAUACGCUCAAAUGAUGACUAAUGUGAUUUAGUUGGAAAUUGGGGGCAUCGGUUUUAAGUGUUAUUAGUGGUAAAUUAUUUUAAAAUUGUGGGCAGAUGAAAGUGGGAUUCAAAAAUUUUUGAUAAAUAUUUGAAAGAGAUUUUAUUUAUUUUUUUUUUCUGUAAAUGUAAAAAUGGUUGAAGGGAACAGUAUAGGAUUUAUUUUGAAGGAUUAAGUAUGAAAUUUAUUUACAAUUUGAAA